GCUGCCGCCAUGUUGGCGGCGCCGCUGCGCUGCGCCCGCAGGGAGCCCCUGAGCCUGUUUGGUGUCACAGGCACAUAUUUCUGACGGGGAUCGCAGCCAUGGCCACGGUGGGGACACCCGGCCCCCCCAGCGUCCCUUGUCACACCAACCGCCUGAUUAACGAAAAGUCCCCGUACCUCCUGCAGCACGCCCACAACCCUGUGGAUUGGUACCCUUGGGGUCAGGAAGCCUUUGAUAAAGCAAAGAGAGAAAACAAGCUGAUAUUCCUGUCAGUUGGCUACUCCACCUGCCACUGGUGCCAUGUCAUGGAGGAAGAGUCUUUCAAGAACAAGGAGAUUGGGGAGAUCAUGAAUGAGCACUUUGUAUGCAUCAAAGUGGAUCGUGAGGAGCGGCCAGAUGUGGAUAAAGUAUACAUGACCUUCGUGCAGGCCACCAGUGGUGGAGGUGGUUGGCCCAUGAGUGUCUGGCUGACCCCAGACCUCAAGCCCUUUGCUGGGGGGACGUAUUUCCCUCCUGAGGAUGGAGUUCAUCGUGUUGGUUUUCGGACUGUGCUGCUCCGGAUCGCAGAGCAGUGGAAGGAGAACAAAGAUGCCCUGUUGGAGAGCAGCCAGAGGAUUCUGGAAGCAUUGCGACACACAUCAGAGAUCCGUGUGCAGGGCCAGGAGUCACCCCCACCAGCCAAAGAGGUGAUGGACACCUGUUUCCAGCAGCUCUCCAGAUCCUAUGAUGAGGAUUAUGGUGGAUUUUCCAAAUCCCCCAAGUUCCCCACCCCAGUGAAUUUGAAUUUCCUGUUCACGUACUGGGCCCUGCACCAAACAACUCCAGAAGGUGCCCGGGCACUGCAGAUGGCUCUGCACACCCUCAAGAUGAUGGCCUGUGGGGGCAUCCAUGACCACAUUGGUCAGGGGUUUCACCGCUACUCCACUGACCAGCACUGGCAUGUUCCUCACUUUGAGAAGAUGCUGUAUGACCAGGGGCAGCUGGCAGCCAUGUACAGCAAAGCCUUCCAGAUCUCUGGUGAUGAAUUCUUUGCUGAUGUUGUCCGAGACAUUUUACUCUACGUCUCGCGUGACCUGAGUGACCAGGCAGGAGGUUUCUAUAGUGCAGAAGAUGCAGAUUCCUAUCCGACCACCACAUCUAGAGAGAAGCGAGAAGGAGCUUUCUGUGUAUGGACAGCCAAGGAGCUCCGGGCUCUCCUCCCCGACCCUGUUGAGGGGGCCAGAGAGGGGACAACCUUGGGAGAUGUCUUCAUGCACCACUAUGGAGUGGAAGAGGCUGGCAACGUGGACCCCAUGAAGGACCCCCAUCAGGAGCUGAAGGGAAAGAACGUCCUCAUUGCCCGCUGCCCCCCGGCGGUGACGGCAGCCCGGUUUGGGCUGGAGCCAGGCCGGCUGAGUGCCCUGCUGCAAGAAUGCCAACACAGACUGUCCUCAGCCCGGGCACAGCGGCCACGGCCACACCUGGACACCAAGAUGCUGGCAGCAUGGAAUGGGCUGAUGAUCUCAGGCUUUGCCCAGGCUGGGGCUACCCUGGCUGAGCAGGGAUAUGUGAGCAGGGCUGCACAGGCAGCUGCCUUCCUGAGGACACACCUUUUCGACCCCGACAGCGGGAGGCUGCUUCGGAGCUGCUACCGGGGCAAGCACAACUCAGUGGAGCAGAGUGCUGUGCCCAUCCAGGGCUUCCUGGAGGACUAUGUCUUUGUCAUCCAGGCACUCUUUGACCUGUAUGAAGCCUCCCUGGAGCAGAGCUGGCUGGAGUGGGCCCUUCAUCUCCAGCACAUGCAAGACAAACUCUUCUGGGACCCUAAAGGCUUUGCUUAUUUCUCCACUGAGGCCAGCGAUCCCUCUCUGCUCCUGCGUCUCAAGGAUGACCAAGAUGGAGCAGAGCCCACCCCUAACUCUGUCGCUGUCACAAACCUGCUCCGAGCAGCUUGUUACUCUGGUCAUAUGGACUGGGUGGAAAAAGCCAGCAAGAUCUUGGCUGCCUUCUCAGAGAGGCUGCAGAAGAUCCCGAUAACCCUCCCAGAGAUGGCCCGGGCCACCGCUGUCUUCCAUCACACCCUCAAACAGGUUGUCAUCUGUGGGGACCCCCAAGGAGAAGACACCAAAGAGAUGCUGCAUUGUGUCCGCUCUGUCUUCAGCCCAAACAAGGUGCUGAUGGUCGCAGAUGGAGACAGCUCUGGGUUCCUCUACCGCCAGCUGCCUUUCCUUGCAUCCCUGGAGAGGAAGGAUGGGAAGGCCACUGCCUAUGUCUGCAGCAACUUCACCUGCUCCCUGCCUGUCACCUCUGUCCAGCAGCUGCGUGGGAUGCUCAGCCCAUGAGCCCUCAGUCGUGCUGCCUGUGGGAAGGCAAGAGUGGGACAGACUGGCACGGGAACAUGGGAGAACCUCUAUAACAGAGGCAACCUGAGCACCAUCCCAGAUGGCUCCUAGCAGUGCAGUGGGGCUGUGCCCUUCCCCACCUGCAGCAGGUUGGGGUCUGCUUGCAUUGUUGCUUCAGCAGUGUCUCAGCACUGGUCCUGGGUCCUGUUUUUGGUAUGUCCAGGAGACACCCAUGGAGGAGCAUCUCCUGCCUCUGUAUUCAUGCUUGCUUCUCACCUCUUCUUGCUGAGGAAAAGAAAACCAAAUUAAAUAUAAAUCCAGUGUUAAUGGAGAAGUCAGAUGGGAGCACUGUUAGGGUUCCUAUAGCAACCCAGGGUAACACUGUCAAAAGCACCUGGAUGACUUGGGAGUCAAGCGCUCUUAAAAGUGUUACUGGCUACAACAGCUGUGGUAUUUUUCCGUUUCAGAGGAGAUUGUAACAUACAUUAACUGACUAUAUAGUGCAUGGAAAAAACCUGCUGAUUACAACUGAUGUAAAGUUUAUUCUCUCUUUCCUCCCCUCCUUCCUUCCUUGUC